CUCUUCCGCUGCGCCCUCGUCGGCUUUUCAGCACCACCAGUCGACGGUGACGAGUAUGCUUCCUCACAAUCCGGCUCCUCCACUGCAACCAUGUACCAGAAUUAUUCCGAGAAGAAUAUCAAUGAUUUAGUCCAAAAUGUAAGUAUUGUACUUUUGACGAACACCUGGUGGGCAAUUCAAUGUAUCGGCCAAGGCCAAUUUCCCUUCUUCUUCAUCCUGUUUUAACAGAAGAUAUUAAGCGAUUAUCCACGCAUUCUGGUAUUAAAAAAGUUACCGGUUUUCGAGGUAAUAAUACUCGGCGAGGCGACGGCGGCGGCGACGGCGACGGCGACGGCGACGGGGGAGGAGGAUAGAGCAUUUUGAGAAGGGCUUCAUGGAACUUGCGUUGCUUCUUUUCUUGCUUCAUUUUCUUGCGAGAUUUGAUCGAGUUCGCCCGAUGCAGAGAUUCAAAUUAGACCUGUAUUGAAGAUUUCCUUGAUUUGGGAGGAAUGGCUAAAACUCAAAACUUGGAAGAUAUUUAUAUAAGAUAACAAAACGACGCCGUAUAGAUGGAAAUCGUGAGCUUCUACUGCUUGCAUAUACCGUUGGUUCUUCUUCUCCCACCACAUCCCCAAAUCAAUACGAAUUACGGAUUUCUCUCUUCAUGGCGACAAUGAUUUCUCGCCAGAUUCUCACGCAGUCCACACCUAUGAUUCCCCCAUCAAUUCGUCAUCAGAAAUCGCUGUUUUCAUCAAAAUCUUUCGCAGCUUCGAGGGAGUCAAUUAGAAAGGUUCGUUUUUCGGAAAAGCCGAGAGGAUUGUCGCUCGUGGCCAUGGCAUCUUCAACCGCUACCGUCUCCGUGCCUGAGGACAUCGGGGAAGUGCUCGGGGAAGUAAGCAUCUUCACAGCUGCUGGUGAGAUCGUCAAGUUCAAUGAUCUCUGGGAUCAGCAGGAGGGAGUGGCAGUUGUGGCGCUUUUAAGGCAUUUUGGAUGCUUCUGUUGUUGGGAGCUUGCUUCGGCACUCAAAGAAGUAAAGGAGAAAUUUGAAUCUGCUGGAGUGAAGUUAAUCGCCGUUGGUGUUGGUACUCCUGACAAAGCUCGACUUCUUGCUGAAAGGGGAGGGAUGUUUGUCUUUAAAGGAAAGCAGUUGCUGUAUGCAAGAAAGGAUGAAGGGACCGGCGAUCAUGCUCCAUUGGAUGAAAUAUUCGACAUAUGCUGCAAAGCCGAUCCGAACGACGAGCGGUGCCUGAGCCACCUGAGCGAGUCGCUGGAGGAUCCGCUCCACAAUCUCCAGAACUGGACGAAAUCGGCGCUGGCGAACCCCUGCCAGGCUCAAGGAUUCAACUCCGUCCUCCUCGGAAUCACCUGCAACAAUGGCCGAAUCUUCAAGCUCUCCCUCCCCGGCCUCUCCCUGCGCGGCACCAUCUCCCCCUACCUCUCCAAUUGCACCAAUCUCCAAACCCUAGAUCUCUCCUCCAACGCCAUCUCCGGCCCAAUCCCCCCCGAUCUACAGUACCUCGUCAACCUCGCCGUCCUCAAUCUCUCCUCCAACAGACUCUCCGGCCAGAUUCCGGUCCAAUUAGCUCUCUGCGCCUACCUCAACGUCAUCGAUCUGCACCGGAACGAGCUCUCCGGCGGCGUUCCGCCGCAGCUAGGGCUGCUGGUGCGCCUCUCCGUCUUCGACGUCUCCAAUAACCGGCUUUCCGGUCCGAUCCCCGGGUCGCUCUCUAACCGGACCGGGAACCUUCCCCGGUUCAAUGCGAGCUCGUAUUUGGGGAAUAAGGAUCUGUACGGGCCCCCGCUAGGCCCGAUGAAGAACAGGGGGCUUUCCGUACUGGCCAUCGUCGGAAUCGGGCUCGGCAGCGGCUUCGUCAGCCUUAUCCUCAGCUUCACGGCGGUCUGCGUUUGGCUCAGAAUUAACGACCGGAAAAUGGCUAAUGACGAAGGCAAAAUCAAUCAGCUCAUGCCUGAGUAUUGAUUAUUAUUAUUAUUAUUAUUAUUGACACAGAAAAAUAAUUAAAAAAUUUGAAAAAAAAAGGGGUACUUUUUCUUACUAUUUUACUGUUUCGGUUCAGUUUUUCUUUUUUUUUUUUGGGAUAGUGGUUUUUGUGGGCAAUUAUUGAUCCAUUACAAUCUAAUGUGUUUUUGUAUAUAUAUUUAUGUAUUUUAGUGCAAGAAUUAUUUUUAUA